AUGUCUAGAAGCCAAAAUAAUGGAAUCGGGUUACUAACCGGGAAUAACCCACGUCCAACCAAUGCAACCCUAUCGUCCCGAGGAUUGUCAUCUUCGUCGAAUAGCAACAUUGGUGGCAGUAGGCUCACAACAUCCGUACCACCGUCGGUCAACGUACUUACCGAAGAGCGGUUGAUGGUCACCGUCAGGAUACGUCCCCUCAGUGACUUGAGUGAGACGAACUGUAUUCAGGCACAACCAAACCGUUCCGUUUCAUUACUGUUCGACGAUGGCACGCGCAACAAACCGAAAAAGUACAACUACGAUUGCGUCUUUGGGGAAGCUUCCACCCAGGAUGAAGUAUAUUCAGUCGCAGUGGCACCAUUGGUCCAAGACGUUCUAAAUGGAUAUAAUGCGGCAGUUUUCGCGUACGGUGCGACUGGUUCUGGAAAAACACAUACCAUGCUCGGUCCCCAUGUUCGACCGGUUCGUGUCAAUCCCGGAACAAAUUCCUCCCACGCCACUACAUCACAGCUUAGUGAAUCACCUACGAGUCCGUUGGAAGCACUUAACAUUCCCGACCAGUAUGGUAUUGUGACUUCUAUGGUACAAUCGAGCAGCGGUCUUAUGAUACGAGCGGUUGCAGACAUCUUCGACUAUAUCGAUCAGCAAGCAUCUGAAGAAAACAAAUUUAGGAUUUCAUUAUCAUAUUUGGAAAUUUAUAAUGAACUGAUUCGCGAUUUGCUGAAUCCAGGAGGACCGCUGGAAUUACGUGAAGAUAAUCGAGGUAACCAGUCAGUAACCGGUCUUUCCGAGGUGUCAACUGCAAGUCGGGCGGAGGUUAUUCAACUGCUCCUGAAGGGAAAUAAAGCACGCACUGUGGAACCGACGGCAGCAAACCAGACGUCCUCUCGCAGUCAUGCUUUGCUGAGCAUUACGGUGCAAAAUCUAACAUCGUCAGGGACAAAGCAGGGCCGUCUCUUUAUGACCGAUUUGGCAGGUUCGGAACGAGCGCGAAAAACGAAAAAUCGUGGUAAACGGAUGCAAGAAGGCGCACACAUCAACCGCAGCCUGCUAGCGCUCGGUAACUGCAUAAAUGCACUGGCCGGCGGGGCCCGGUACGUUAAUUUUCGUGACUCCAAACUGACCCGCCUGUUGAAAGAGGCGUUAAGCGGUCGCUGCAAAACGGUUAUGAUUGCGCACGUUUCGCCAGAAACGCGUCACCGUGAUGAAACGAAGAACACUCUAGUGUACGCGGAUCGUGCAAACCACAUUACCACACGCUUACAGGAACCAACAAUACUAGAGGUCGAGGAAGCGGUAGCAGCACGGGAAGCAUUUCCGGUGACACACUAUCAAAACUUAGUAGCGGAGCUACGCGAUGAGGUUGGCAGACUUAAAAUGAAAAUGAUGACCGAGCGACCACGAAGUGGGGCCGCACUGCAACGCCAGCAGCAACAGAAGCAGGAAAAGCUGCAGUCGCCAACUGAAGAGCAGAUAAAGAAGGCCGAACUUAAAUUUUUACGUGAGCAGAUUGUGCAAACGUUCAAGCAGCAGAUGAAAUUGCGGCGUCGCUUGCUAGAGGCAGACAGCCAUCUCUUGGGAUUGGAACUGGAUGCCGAGCGGCAACAUAUGGUGAUUUCCCACUGGCAGAGUCGACAGGGCAAGCUAUACGAUCGGCUGGACGAGGAGAAUGAAGAAGCUUCAGAUUCGGAGGGAUGUUCAGCAUUGCGUUCCGCCUGGGGCGAACUUGCCUCGAUUGAAAAGGAAGUCAAACGAUAUCGCGAGAUCAGGACUACUACCGAACACGAACUCGAAGAAUGUCGGAAGAAAGGAGUUACAUUGGAAGAUGAACUUCCGGAGCGCAUUAGCAGUGACGAAGAACGUGAGUUACUAUCAUUAUUGUGCAGGGUGCAUGAACUAGAAGCCGACAAAGUAUCCCUACAGGCAGAACGAAUGGCACGUCAGGCUGAGUUACGACGGCGAGACUUGCAACUUCUGAGGGCGGAACGACAACGGCGUUUGUGCGAGGACAUCAUCAGCACCCAACGGCGCAUCAUAGAAGAGGGCAAAGUUGAGAUGCCGGAUGAUUUGCGUGAGCUGUACGCUCUUUACCAGCAAGAAAUUCAUGCGAAUACGUACAACAGCGGUAUCAAUACGGCAGCUGGAGGUUUUCCACGAGACGCAUUGUAUGAUGCUAAGCUGCUACCCAUCUUUGGACAGGACCGAAGCAUUUAUUCCGCCAGUUCUAGCUCUGGUUCUGAAUGGUCAGGUACCUCUCCGCUCCCACCAGUAGAUUCUGAAGGUAAUGUAGUCAAUCCGGAUCGCGUAAUGGGACCACCAGUUGGACCAAGGCUACCAUCCAUCACCCGACUCAGAACCCACUACAGAAGUGCACAAAGCAGCGGGUCAAGUGACGAGUAAGGGCGAUUUU